ACAGCGUCGAGUGUCUAAAGCACUAUCUUGCGCCGAUGAUUGUAGCGCGAGAACGUCUUCUAACGUCCUGAAACCAAUUCCAAGAUUGCCCAGCGAAGACUUGCGUGCCAUAUUUACCCGUAUUUAUUCCGAAAGUGCGUCAAUGAUUCAAUAAAUCCUCGCUUAUUGAAUUAAACUUGAUUCGUGGAAAGUCUAAAUCAGUGUUGGUGGUAUCCUUGUGGACUAAUUUUAGAAGUGACUUGGGAUAAGCUUAUGUUUUUGAUUUGCGGUUAGUUUUCUGAUGGGGAUAUUCUGAUCAGCAGAGAAUCAAAAUGCUGAGAUCAAUAGUUUGGACCAUCUUCGUGUUCAAAGUGAUAACUCUAGUGACAUCAUCGAACUCAUCGGAAACGGAAACUCAAACAGUUAAGAAUUAUACUCAAGAAUUCCCGCCAACAUUUGUUAAUCCAAAGAAAAUGCAGAAAAUUUUGGUAAAACCUGCUGGUAACACGAUGAACUUGAAAUGUAAAGUUAAUGGUAAUCCUACUCCGAAUAUAACAUGGUUCAAAGAUGGGAAACCACCAAGCAGAACAUUGGGCGAUGUGAAAUUUGGACCAGGACAUCGAGCUUUGACACUGGAGGAUUUGGUCACUCAGGAUACAGGAAAAUAUACCUGUAAAGCCUGUAAUAAACUGGGAUGCAUCAAUUUUACAUAUAAUCUGGAUGUUGUAGAACGUCUACCUCUGAAGCCGUAUAUAGAACUAGAUUAUCCAAAAAACAUAACAGGAAUUGUGAACACCACAGUCAAUUUCACAUGUCCAAUAAUAGCGGAUCUUGAGCCUUACAUUCAGUGGAUAGCCAUCACAGAUAAUGAUGAUAAUAAUGGUAUACUGGUCAACAUUGAAGGCACGGAUCUGUUUGGCACUGUUGUACAGAAAACUGGAGAUACACCCAGUGCCGAUGUCCUUAUACUACCCAAUAUAACAUACAAAGAUGAAGGGUGGUACGCAUGCGUGGCAGCUAAUAGCUUAGGGUCCACUUCAUCACUAGGAUAUCUUCAUGUCAUAGAACCUCCAAUUGUUCCUGUGCUCAAUCCAUUCAUCAUCUUAACCAUAUCGAGCGUUGGUGUGAUCUUUAUUAUAGGUUCCAUAGUCCUCUAUUGUACCUACAAAAAUCAUAGACAGAUGAGGAAACAGAUGGCAAUAGAAUCUGCUAGAGCAGCUGCUGUGACACAAUGGACGAAAAAAGUCAUCAUCCAGAGAAUGCAGAAUAAUAUCGACAAUAUAUCUGAACCAUUACUCAUGCCAGUUGUCAAAAUUGAAAAACAAAAAUCGGAAAACAAUAAUGCUGGGGAUGGACUGAUGGAAUACGAACUACCAAUGGAUUCCGAUUGGGAAAUCCCUCGAGAAUUACUAACUUUGGGUAAAAGCUUAGGAGAAGGUGCCUUUGGAAAGGUUGUAAAAGCUGACGCUCAUGGUUUACUGAAGCCUGGUAUAAACUGCGUGGUUGCAGUGAAAAUGCUUAAAGAAGGUCAUACAGACAAUGAAAUGAUGGACCUUGUAUCAGAAAUGGAAAUGAUGAAGAUGAUUGGAAAGCAUAUCAACAUCAUCAAUCUUCUUGGAUGUUGUACGCAAAACGGUCCUCUUUUUGUUAUUGUAGAGUUUGCACCUCAUGGUAAUCUCCGUGAUUUCCUCAGACAACACAGACCAUCAUCUGGGUAUGAGCCAGCCAUUGGAAUGAUUGAAAAGGAGAAAAAAACGCUUACUCAGAAAGACCUUGUCUCUUUCGCAUAUCAGGUUGCUAAAGGAAUGGAGUACCUUGCUUCUCGAAGAUGCAUUCAUAGAGAUUUGGCUGCCAGGAAUGUUUUAGUUAGUGAUGAUUACAUCUUGAAAAUAGCAGAUUUUGGUCUUGCAAGAGAUAUACACUGCAACGAUUACUAUAGAAAAACUACGGAUGGUAGACUCCCGGUGAAAUGGAUGGCACCAGAAGCUCUAUUCCACAGGGUUUAUACCACCAAAUCAGAUGUAUGGUCAUAUGGUAUUCUUCUUUGGGAAAUAAUGACUCUUGGAGGAACGCCAUAUCCUUCAGUCCCAAGCGUGGAAAAACUAUUCCAAUUGCUGAGGAAUGGCCAUAGAAUGGAGAAACCACCGUGCUGCUCCCUUGAAAUAUAUCUCCUCAUGAGAGAAUGCUGGAGCUAUCAUCCAAAUGAAAGACCGACAUUUUCUGAACUCGUGGACGAUCUAGAUCGAAUUUUGACUUUCACAGCAAACGAAGAAUAUCUUGAUCUUGGGUUACCUCAACUAGACACUCCACCAUCCAGUCAGGAAUCUAGUUGUGAUGAGGAGGAAAGUCCUUUUACCCCUUAAUUUUCUUUGAUGAAUAUUUUGGAGGGCGAAUUUAACCACAUGGUAUCGUUGAAGUAUACAAGGUGGUGCGAUAUUUAAAACAACAUUUUAGUUGUGACUAUAAUCAGAUUCAUUCAAGCGAAUAGAAUGUAUAUACUCUGAGAAGUCUUGAAUUUUUGGUUCUUCAGUUGGGAAGACUGGAACCUUUUUGUACAUAUAAUAACUCCCAAUAAAGGGGUGUAUUUUUACUUGCAGCUAGUUUAUAUUAAGCUUGAUCGAUGUAAUUUUUCGUAGGAAUUUUUGUUAAUUGAAGUCAUUGAUGAAUAUGUGUGUAACUAGUCACCAUACUGUGUAUUGUUUUUGAACUAAGACAAGGACUUUCGUUAAUGUAAGACUGUAUAUUGUUAGUGUAACGAUGUGUACAAAUAAAUUUGUGUAAGAUUUUUGUAAA